UAUCAAUAAUUUUUAGAAUAAAAUGUUUUACAAAUUAUUAACAAUUACAAGGUAUAUUCAAUUCAUUAUCUUAUUGAUAAUAAUCGGUUUAGAAAUAGCUCAACUAUUGGCAUUUCGUGCUAAUAGGGAACAAUUCUCAUUUCCUAAUGUAAAUAAUUCGGCACCGUUGAGCUCGGAUGGCAAUGUUUCAUGGUCCGUCUAUUUUGAAGAUAUGAAUAUUGUUCAUGGAAUUAAAAUAUUUUAUUACAUUGUAAUAAUAUUAACCUUGCUUGGUCCACAAUUCUUUUGGAAAAGGUUUAAUAAAUCACCAAUUUUAUUUAGAGACAAAUAUUAUGAACUUUUUUAUUUAGCAAUUUGGUUUACAGUCAGUCUUACAAAUUUAAAACCAGUAUUCUCAGGAACAAGUUUAAAUUGUAAUGAUUCAAAUUGGGGACCUCAAGGUUAUAGGUGUAAAAUGUUUAUCUCGAGCGAAUUUUUUAGUAUAAUUAUGACAAUUAGUUGGUUAAUUUCAACUUAUGUAUUACUUAAGUAUUUAAGAAUACAUAAGGAAGAAAUAGCUGAUAGAGAAACUGAAAGGAAGAGUAAUAAGAGUAUUAGGAGGAAUAAAAAAAAGGAACCAAAAAUUAAUAAUGAUUAUGAUGAUAAUGGGAGUGUUGAGAAUGUUUAAAAAAAAAACAAUAAAAUAAAUAAGUAAAUUAGUUUUGAAAAUUUUGGUAGUUUUGACAAUUUCUGGAAGUUUCGGUAAUUUCUGACAGUUUCGGUAAUUUCUGGUAGUUUUCGGCAGUUUUUACAGUUUUUGGCAGUUUCGGUGGUUUUCCAGUUUCGGUAAUUUCGGCGGUUUCGGUAGUUUCGGUAGUUUCGGUAGUUCGGAAUUGAAACUAGAAUAAAUUAUUGUAAAUUGUAAUAAAAUUUUUUAACAAUGUAUCCAUCUACAGUUCGGCAUAGAAGCUAAAUAUGUGAUUAUAAUAAGUAA